AUGGAUAAGUUUGAGACCAUAUAGGGCAAACUGUUUUAUACGGUUUAUUGGAUGCACAAACAAAAUGAGAUAAGCGAAGAUUAAAAAGGAAGAAUUAAAGAUAUGAUAGUUUAAUGGGAUCCUCAAAUACAAGAAAUUAGUAAGGAUCUGAAUAGACUAAGACAGAACCUUCUCGAAAUGGUGUGCUCAUACUCUGAUAAUGCUGACUCCAAACAAACCAAAAUAACUCCUCGAAGCUAGAGUCGUCUCAAUGUUAGGAUAGGUCAAAGUAACUUUAAGUUGGCAAACAAAUCGUAUAGUUCGCUAUCCUCCCCUAUUGAUCAUCGUAAACCAUUAUUAAUAUGA